AUGCCCAGAACGAAGCGACCCGUGAAGAAACAGGAGGAAAAUGUCGAUAGCGAUGAUACUCUCAAGAGAUUAAAAAAACUAUCUAAUGAUCUAAAGACGAAAGUAGAUUCACAAGCUCAAAUGCAAAUUGCAAGUGUGGAGAUUGCUUUCAAGAUAUUAUUGGGCUCAAUAAGUGAAACGAACUUGCAAAAGACUGUGGGUCAAUUGAAAAAUGAACUCCUUCUCAAGGAGCCCACAAACACCAGACAAUCAAGAGUGACUGCAUCGAGCCGUGCUGCAUCCAAUGAUGAUGGCUACCUCACCGAGAACUCAUCCCAUGGCUCCGGGGAUUGUGGUGCUAAGAAAACAUUCAUACCGCCUUCAGCAACUCGUUCCAUAAGGCGGUCUCGGUCAGCUGAUGCCUCUGCCCGUUCAGUUGCAAAGCCUUCAGCAAGUGCCACAACGCAACGGCGGCGUGGCAAAAGCGUGUACCGUACGCCGGCCUUGAAUAGGAAUGCUGCAGUUAAUUAUCCUGUUAUAACUCCUAAGGUGACGCCUCACGCACCGUUAACAUUAUUACGUCAGCCGAGGCAAGGAGAGAUGGUACUGUCGAUGUCUGGGUCACCUGUUAUGGUGCCCAGCUGUUCUUAUGCAAUGCAACCUGAUGAAAAAGCAAAUUGCAACAUUCUACUACGAGAUGGUACAAUGCUUUCCCUACAACCAAAGCAGCUCCGACAGUCACAGGCCUACAUCCCAUUCUCUCUCAUGGAUGAUAAUGUCCUGCAUCAGCUCAAGACACUCAAGGAUAACUUGGAUAAGGUUGUUCAACUCGGAGAAAAAGCCAUGAAGUGA